GUGUGUGUAAUAGAUAUUUGUAAAUAACUGAUACCUUUCCAUAUUUCAGUAUUAAGAAAUCUGAUGUAAGAAAUUGAGGUGCUAUAAUUUCUUUCAAGUUGUACAUUUAUAAGGCUUUGUCCAAGAUGUGACUUAGAGGGUGAUGAGGAGGUGAUAGCUUAGUGCACUUAACAUGGGUUUUAUCAGGGCAUCUCUGAUAAGAUUGUAGCAGUAUGCUAUGGAUGAUUGUGGAUUCAUUUGUAAGAUAUCUUUGUGAAGGAAACUGUACUGUGAUAGCAGCUAAGAGUGGUGUUAAACUUACUAAAACUAGAAAAUCCAAGGACUAGAGCUGGAAAAAUUGUACUGGAAAUUUAUAAGAAUAUUGAAUGCUGACCAAAUACUGACAGUUUUACAGCAGUAUGUCUUGGCCAUAAGAAAGUAUGGAUACCUCGUCACCAAAAAUGAAUUGGAGGCAAAAUUUAGAAAAUAUGUCCUUAUUAGAUAUAUCAACACAUAACUGUCUAAAGAAAUAAACAGUUAUAUUCACCAAAGUGGAAAAAUAAGAAAUUCUAUAAAUUCAAGUCAUAUCCUCAAGAAGAUCAGUGUCAGACUUCAGGAUGGAGAAGAUAGCACUGGAUGUCCAUGAAAGCAGCCUCUUCAUGCGACGCAAGAAAGCAGCAGCUCUAGCUCAAGAAAGAAAUAGCAAUAGCGGUUCCCCGCAUCACAGCACUUCCCAGCCACAAAACCACACUGCUUCCUCCCACCACAUUGUUCCCCAGACUCUUCCCCAACAUGCUUCUUUCUCCCACCACAAGAUUUCCCAGUCAGUCCCCCAACCUCCUCCUUACUCCCACCACGUCACCCCUGAAAUGUUCUCCCGACCCCAAAAUGUUUCCUUUCACCACAUCACUCCCCAAUCUCUUCCACUACAUGAUGCUUCAUCCUUCAACAUUACUUCCCAGCACCUCCCCCAGCCUCACACUGCAUCUUCCCACCAUUUACCCCUCCACCACAGCUCUACCCUUCAGCAUCCUAGCCGUUCCAAGAAAAUUCUCAUCCAGAGAACAUCCUCAAACCCAAACCCUAGUCAUUCCCCAUCUCGUCCUCAGCACCUCCCAUUGAAGAACAUUGCAGCUCCUCACCCUCCACAUUCAUUUCCUCUGCACAUGAAUGAGUCGUCUUACGGCAUUCCAUUGAGAAGCUCAGAAUCAUCUCAAGCAAGCAAUUCUGAUGAUGUUACCAGGGGAUUCCCCCAUAAUCCCAAGGGCAUUCCACCCCCCAAACCCCCAAGGCAGAUGGACUUACGGCCUGUGAAUCACACAGGGGAAGUGCACUUAAGAAAUGAGGUAAAGAAUAAGUACCUUGCAAAUUUAGACUACGAUCAGGCUGAGAGUGAUAGCCCACCAGACUUCAGCCCUCCACCAAUUGAUGUUAGAAAGGAAAAUAACUUGCACAGCAUGUCCCUUGACGCCAUGUCCUGCACCCGUUGUGGGGAUGGGUUUGAGCCACAGGAGAAGAUUGUCAACUCUAAUGGGCAGCUGUGGCACACUCAGUGUUUUGUGUGUGCCCAGUGCUUCCGGCCAUUCCCUGAUGACAUCUUUUAUGAGUUUGAGGGAAGGAAGUAUUGUGAGCAUGAUUUCCAAGUGCUCUUUGCUCCAUGCUGCAACAAGUGUAACGAAUUUAUCAUCGGGCGGGUGAUCAAGGCAAUGAGCAGCAACUGGCACCCACAAUGCUUCACCUGUGAACUGUGUCACAAGGAGCUGGCUGAUCUGGGAUUCAUCCGCAAUGCUGGCCGAGCUCUGUGCCACGAGUGCAAUGCUCGUGUCAAAGCUGAGUCCCAGGGGAAAUACAUGUGCCAUAAGUGCCAUUCCACAAUUGAUGGACAGCCUCUGAGGUGGAGGGGCGACACCUUCCACCCUUAUCACUUCAACUGUGCUGCCUGUGGGAUAGAGUUGACUGCUGAUGCCAGAGAGGUCAAGAGCCGUCCAGGAUAUACUGCCAAUGAAAUGAAUGAGUUAUAUUGCCUGCGAUGCCAUGAUAAGAUGGGCAUCCCAAUCUGUGGUGCAUGUCGCCGUCCCAUUGAAGAGCGAGUUGUCACUGCCCUUGGGAAACACUGGCAUGUGGAGCACUUUGUGUGUGCCAAAUGUGAGAAGCCGUUCAUGGGGAACCGUCACUAUGAACGCAAGGGUCUGGCAUACUGCGAGACCCACUACCACGAGCUGUUUGGAAACCUGUGCUUUGUCUGCAAUACUGUUAUUUAUGGUGAUGUGGUGACAGCCCUUAACAAAGCGUGGUGUCAGCAUCAUUUUGCCUGUGCCACUUGUGACAUCAAGAUGACCCAGAAGACCAAAUUCUUUGAGUUUGAUCAAAAGCCAAUCUGCAAGAAAUGCUAUGAGAAGUUCCCUCAGGAGUUGAAAAAGAGACUAAAGAAGCAGCACGACAUUCAAGCCCGAGGAGGAAAGCCUCUCCCUUAACUCCUCACCAUUACCAACACAAUUUGGUGUCUCUACCACCACCACCACCACCACCAAUCAUCACAGAGGAGUGGUAAACAUCUUGUGAGAGACAGGUAUGCUCUCUUUCUCAUCUAAUUUUGUCCAUUUUGAUGUACAUUGUUUAGAGAUAAAUAUUUGAGACAAGUAGUUUCUUGAAGUUUUGUUAUUUUCUUGCCUUGCUUUGUUGUCUUAGCAGUAUACUGCCAGAUUUCUUGAGUGCAAGGCGACUAAGAGAGGAGAGUGGAUCAUUAUGUGAGUAGGAAACGUUCUUUUAUUAUUUGCUUAUUUUUUAUAAUACAUUUAUUUAUUUAUUCAUUUAUUUAUUUUUUGCAAGUAAAAUUCUCCUUUAACACUUUAGUUUAUCUGUGCAUUUUUUUUAGUAUCUGACUGAUUGAACUGUGAAGUGAUAUAUCUUUCCAAUGUUUUUUUUUUUUUUUUUUUUUUUUUUUUCUGCUGUUAUACGUAACAUAUUAUUUCCCUUUUAUUGCUGAAUCAGUCAUAGCCUAUGAAUCUCCUGAAUGUAACCAUACUUGUUGGAGUUCUUUUAUUGUUUUGCAUGCAUAUGUAAUUAUGUUACAUGACUAUCCACAGAAAGGAUUGCUCUACAAAAUGGUAUUAAAAUAUGAAAACUUUUUUUUUCAUGGUAGAAAAGUUCAGUCAUAUAUGAAAUACACAUCAUUGAGGUAACCCUGAUGUGCUUGGCCAUGUAAUGUUGGUAUGUUUUUAUUCAUAACCAUUGUGAAAGACAGCAUAUGGAAAUAGAGACCACCACUAAAUUUAGAUGAAUAUGAAGACUGCUUGGUCUUUGUUAUAGAUCUCUGUAGUUGCAGGAUAGUUGAGACUGAUCAUAAUUCAUGUGGGUUUUCAUGAUCGUGGUUUGAUUGGUAAUGUGCCUGAGUCAUGAUAGUGUGAAAUUCCUGUCAGGGGUUUGAUGCCCCAGCAUCAUGGAGUUUGGACAAUUUAAAAAAAAAAUUUUAUUUAGGGUUUCAGAACACAGUGCAUCACAUCCAGUUUCUUAAUUUAAGGUAGUAAUGUAAUACAUAAUGUUAAUUUUUCGAAUUCAUUGUGUACAUAAUGUAUUUAUGUAUAUAUACAUGUGUGCACACUUAUUACAUGUGGGAAUGCACAUCCUGCCCUGUAUCACAGAUCCUCACUCACUGUGUUGCAACUCUUUGUUGGUUCAAUAGGGAUGUUCAUCUUGGAUCACGAUGACACAGGGAUUAAACCAAUAAUAAAACACUGACUUGCAUUACCAUGAGCAAGCAAGUCUUAUUAUUGGGUGUAAAUUAAAGAAAGGGCAAAGAGUGAUUGACAAUCAAAUCUGGAGAAAUUUGUAAAAGAUGUUGCCUUCCUUAGUUAUUAAAUAAUCAGUGGUGUUUUAAUAAUUAUAAGAUCUAGUGACAGAAAGGUUAUUUAUUUCUUCUAAGGCAGAUAUGAUGGCUAGGGGAGUGUGAUAAGUUUGGCUGUACCUCAUCCACUCAUUGGUAACUGUUUAAACAUAUUGAUGGGUUGCAAAAAAAAGAACACUUGACCAAGUGAGCAAUGGAUCAGAAAUAAUUUAGAAGCUAUCUUUGAAAGUAUACAAUAAUUGUAACUUUUAUUCCCAGUUUUGUAUCAGAAACUAAAAGUACUUAUAAAUCAGAUCAUGGGUUUGCAUAACUGAUUGGCAAAAACUUACAAAUAAUGAUGAUAUUAAUUUUCAUCGAGACAGUAUGACAGGGAAAAAUUACUGACGGACUGUCCAAAUGACAAAAUAUAUGUAAUGCCUUGAAAUCUUGAAUAUGUUCAUAGUACUGUAUAAGCCAAGUUAUAUGGCAGUUGAGCUUCUGAAACAUUGAUCCUUGGUGGAUGUUUGGAUGAAAGGUACAAAGAAAUUACACUGCAUUUGAACUUUUAAUAUAUUUUUUAUCCACCAUAAUAAAAAUUGUUGUAUGCUUUCUAAUACUUAUCAAAUUCCCAUAUCUUGAAAUCCUUGAAUAGAAGUUUGGCUGCAUCUUUCAGGGAAUAAGAACCCUGUACACUACCAUUCUCUUCCAGAUUUCAGAGUUAUUUAUGUCAAAUUGUGCAUUCUAAACCUUUAAUAAUAAUGAUAAAGUAACUUGUCCUUAAAAUUUACUAUAGGCUUAACUUGCUCUCCAGCACCAACACUUUGUUGUAAGAUAUCAGGUUUAUCCAUAACCUAAUGAAAUGCAUUUAUCUGUGUUAGACAAUGCUAUCUACUGCCAAGCACAUGUUUUCAGUGCCAAAAAAAACUUUAUCUUGUUUCUAUGGAUGUUGUCUUCCUAGUAUUUAUGUACUUAUAUUGGUUCUUGCCACUGUAUUAGUAAUAGGUCCAGAGCUUCUUGACAUACUGAUAGCUUUACCUAGGCUGAGAAAAUUGUAAUCAUGAUUCUGAAGUGUCCUUAGCCAGAACCUCUUUUAAUAAUAACGAUAGUUUUCAUUCUGAGAUCCACCAGCCCGGAUUUCUUUUGGUGCCAAAUGCAGGGCUUGCAAGCCCAGUUGUCUGGUUGUAGUCAUGGGCUGUGAGGAUGCUGCUUUCUGUUAAUUUUCCCAGCCUGGCAUUAUCUUUAAACAUAUGAGGCUUGCUGUUGCCAGUGUAAAUGAGAUAUGACUAUGCCUCUCUCUCUCUCUCUCUCUCUCUCUCUCUCUCUCUCUCUCUCUCUCUCUCUCUCUCUCUCUCUCUCUCUCUCUCUCUCUCUCUCUCUCUCUCUCUCUCAUGGUCACCAACUAUGUACAAGUAUGUAUGUACUAAUUUCAGUUUUAAUAUAUGUAUUCUUUAUCUUGAUUAUAUGUUGGUCCUAAAUACUAAUAGGUUUCUUGCAUUUUUUGGUAUCUGAACAUAAUUUAGUAUUAAACAAAGAAAUUUCAGAUAUUGUACUUUACCACAGUUUAUAAUAUUAAUGUGAAUCAUAAUAUAUUAAAAUACCUUGGAGUUCAGGUACCAAAAACAUGAGGAUUUUGCAAAAACAAUUUCCUUCCUGUAUCCACCAAAAAUGUAUCAUGAAUUACGAAAUGUGGAUUUGAAGGUACAGCUGGAGACAUGUCCCUAGGAGUUGUGCCUGUAGUCCUGCUGUGUUGCUGAAUACUUGGGUGCUAAUCCUGUGCUGAGUAGAUGCUAACCUCACCUUUGAAAGCUUGAGUACUUUUGUCAUGUUUAUUAUUCUUAAGACCACUUAUAUGUUGUCUUUAAGUGCAAAUUUAUAAUUCAAUUUUAUCUAUAUGUUCUCACAAGAUGUCCUUUUGUCUUAAUGUGUAUCUUUUGUGUAGAGAUGUUUGUGAAUGUUGGAAACCUAUUAUGGAGAAACACAGUACAAGGAUUAAUAUGACCUUGCUCUCUGCUCACCUUGCUUUGUGAUCCUUUGGGCCAGUUCCACAGUCACCCUUUUUCAUUUGCUAAUUUGUUAGCUAACCAACAAAACCACUUCAGCCCCAGUCAGGUUCCACUGUCAACUUCAGCCACUGCUUUUAUUUGGGAGCAUAAAAAAAAUAAAAAAAAAUUGAAACUGGUAAGAUAGUAGGGCCAGUUCUGACCAGUGCUCUCCCAUGUUGGUAAGUUCCCAAACAAAUAGGAGGAGCAUAUUUUUUUGGGUAGCUUAGCAAGAGACUGUGCAACUGGUCCUUUGUGUAGCCUUGUAUUCACAGAUCAGUGUCCUCCAUUUGAUAUGAUCACUUCACACAAACUGACAGCUCUCCCUUGAACACUCUCUUGAGCCACAGUCAUUACCUGUGGAUUAAGAUCUUCAUGUUUUCAGUUGUUUAGCAUCAGAUGUUUGGCACCUAUUUCUCUUACAUCACAGUGUAAAGAGCAUUUCAAUUUCUUAUUAGCAUUCCUCCACUAUUAUGACUAAAGAGGGACCUGAUAAAUGUAUGAUCAGGGAUGCACCAGAGGAUCACUUAUUUUUUCUACACUCCAUCAUCUGAGAAAAAGUCUUAUGGAGAGAUAGUAAAGGACUCAGUGGCCCUUGUUAUCACUUGACACAAUUCUGUUUCUAUCACACUAGGCAAUAUCUGUUUGGUUUGUGAUGGAUGCAAGAUGAAACAAGUACAGGAUAUGAUGUCUGUUUAUCUACAUAUGCUUAAUAAUUUUGUUGAUCUCCAGACCUUUUCCUCCAUUAACAUGACUUAGAUUUUGAUUCUGUAGUUGUUUGUUGCAUUUCAAUUUACUUUGUGUUCAGCCUCUUAAUAUAAGAGUGAAAUGAUUUUAAUCUCAUUGCAUUUUGUGCUUGAUGGCUGGAUGCAGGAGUUCAGUCAGAGUUCUGUUGUUUUGUGAUGAAUCAGCAGAUGCAAUAGCUGUAAUUUUAAUUUUCCAUUUUAUUGUUUUGUGUUCAAUUGCCUAAUGUGUGAGUUAGUCAUUUUAAUCUUUCAGCCUUGUAAUCAAACUUUGGUAUAGACAAAGGUAAUCUCACUCUCUUUGGCCCUCCCAUAACAUUUGGAGGGAGACAUUGGGCUCUUUUGAUAUGAUUACUUUGUACUAACCAACAAUCCUCCCUGAGCAUUAUUUUCUCUUUGUCACAAUAUCAUUCCCUGUGCAUUACCAUCCCCCUGUUCUAAUUUCACUGUGUCAUUUGACCUUAGCUGUCUGACACAUCUCUCAUUACUUUAAUGAACUUAAGCUACCUUGAAAUUUGAGUGGAUAUCUCAGUUGUUUUAAUGGAUUACAAGAGGCUGGCAUGUCUUCUAUUUUUGUUCGUAAGUCAGAUUACCACCAAAUACACUAAAAGAUGAAUACUAGGCUAAUGUCUUGUUUUGUGCACCUAACUAUGCUAAUCUAGUCCCAUCCUGAUUAUGUUGUGAAUCACUGUUAAAUAUUUUAAUGUAAAGUAUUAAUUUUUGGUUGCUAGAGGUGUUAUUGCAAUAACUUUUUUUCAUAUUUGUUAGUAAUUUUAUGAAAAAUUUAUUACAUGUAUAUUAUCACCAUCAUUAUUAUUGUUGUUGUUAUUAUUAUUAUUAUUAUUAUUAUUAUUAUUAUUAUUAUUAUUAUAUUAUUAUUAUUAUUAUUAUUAUUAUUAUUAUUAUUAUUAUUAUUAUUAUUAUUAUUUUAAUUUUAAUAAUUAUUUUUUAUUUCAAUUACUUUUAAAGAUGUUUGCAGUGAGGCCAAAUGUUAAGUUUAUUGAGCAUCAGGCUUUUGUCACAUGCUUUUAGAAAUUUAUGGAAUAACAUAAAACAUCAACAGGAAUGCUUGCAAAACUCUCUCUCACAUGAAGAAUGGGUAAAGGGAAAAGUAUAAAAAUUUUGGUGAUGUAUCAUCAUAACUGGAAUUACUUAACUUUUAUACCCAGGAAGUCAGUUUGAGUGUGGCAGUCAUUGUUGAUUGGUGUGUAUUAAUAGUGCCUUAGUGUAAUGCCUUAGUCAUAUCACAUAUGCAUAAAAUGUCACAAAUCAGAUAACUAUAAUAUUUUUUGCAGAUAUCUUAUAAUAAUACUUCUCAUAAUAAUAUGAAUACAUGUUAUUACUGAUAUAUAUUUUCUUUUCAGUGCUUCAUUUAAAAGUAAUGAUAUUUCACUGGCUCUUCAUUAUAAUAAAUAUUACAUAACAA